GUGUCCUUUGCGCAGGCGUGGGCAGCGGAUUAUAAAUACGGCAACAGUCGCAGCUGGUCACCUACAUUGAUAACUAAGACCAAUAUACCGGCAGGAGCACCGAGUGCAGCUCGGAGGAGACGGUUUGUUUCACGCCGACAGAUUUUUGUAGUCAUUUGCAGGGAGUUAGCUCAGCGUGUUUGGCCGUACAGCUAACAGGAGAGGACACAAACAAAAACAAACAGACUGACUCAGCUGUCAAUAUGACUAUUAAUAAAUCCAAAGUGGCCGUCGGCUUCGUAGUGGCAGGUGUCCUCGCCGUCUUCUUCGGUACGCUUCUUGCUUUUGUGGGACCUGUAAUCAUCGACGACCAGAUAGUGAAGAACACAAUAAUCGACCCAAAGAAUGAGUUGUCCUACACCAUGUGGAAGGACAUCCCUGUGCCGUUCUACAUGUCCGUCUACUUCUUCAACGUCCUCAACCCGAAAGAGAUCCUGAGGGGAGAGAAGCCCAUGGUGGAGCAGAGAGGACCUUAUGUGUACAGAAAACGAUGCCAGAAACAAAACAUCACAUUUCACCCCAACUACACCGUGUCCUACAGAGAAAACAGACAGUACUUUUUCGAGCCCUCCAUGUCUAAAGGGAACGAGUCUGAUGUUGUGACCAUUCCAAACAUGUUGGUGCUGGGCGCAGCGGUGAUGAUGGAAAGCCUGCCGUUCGCAGUGCGUUUGAUGAUCAGCGCCACUUUCAAGACGUUUAACGAGGGGCCCUUCCUGACCAAGACGGUGGGAGAGCUGAUGUGGGGAUAUGACAGUGGUCUGGUUGAUUUCCUCAACACAUACGUGCCCGGCAUGCUGCCGUCAUCGGGAAAGUUUGGCCUCUUUGCAGAGUUCAACAACUCCAACACUGGUCUGUUCACCAUCUUCACUGGAAAAGACGACAUCAGGAAUGUGCACAAAGUCGACUCCUGGAACGGCCUGACGGCGCUAAACUACUGGAGGACUCCGCAGUGCAACAUGAUCAACGGAACAGCUGGGCAGAUGUGGCCUCCUUUCAUGACAAAAGAGAGCACACUGCCUUUCUACAGCCCUGAUGCCUGCAGAUCAAUGGAACUGGUUUACCAGCGUCCAGGCAAGAUGCAUGGCAUCCCUCUGUAUCGAUAUGUUGCACCCAAAACGCUGUUUGCCAAUGGCACAGAUUACGCUCCAAAUGAAGGUUUCUGCCCAUGCAGACAGUCUGGCCUGCUGAACGUUAGCAGCUGCCGCCACAACUCUCCAGUCUUCAUCUCUCAUCCUCACUUCUUUAAUGCUGAUCCUGUGCUGCUGGACUACGUACAGGGUCUUCAUCCCAACGAGGAGGAGCACGGCCUCUUCAUAGACAUCCACCCGCAAACAGGUGUUCCUCUGAACGUGUCCAUCCGCCUUCAGCUCAACCUCUACAUGAAGAGAGUGUUGGGAAUUACAGAAACUGGCAAGAUCUCUGAGGUGAUGAUGCCCAUGAUCUGGUUUGAGGAGAGUGGGUAUAUCGACGGCCCCAUCCUCAAUACGUUCCACACAAACUUGGUGAUUGUACCCGCAGUGAUGGAGUAUAUGCAGUACGGCUUAAUAGCACUCGGCCUGGUGACCAUAAUAAUUGCUUCACUGGUGUAUUACAAACUGAAGGCCUCUGAUAAGGAGCCAGUAAAAGGUUCGCUUCGCUAUGACACACAGGAGAAAAGUAUGAGUUAUUCAGAAAAAUCAAAUUGACGGUGACGUCGUAUCGGAUGGAAACACAAGCACUUCAGCCGAAGAGCGAACCCCUCUACUUCCAGAGAAGACGGACUGACAUACUCUCAUAGACAUACCCAGCUGGAGCUGCGGACUCGCGACCACUAACACAUUCCACUGCCAUGAACAGAACCACUGUCACAAGGUGCUCUGCUCAGUAUAUUGAACCAGACUAGAUUUAAUUUUACUGCACUGUAAAGUUUGUGAAGCUCUCAGCCAAAGACUCACGACAUUAAACGUGUUUGUGUUGAGGCUGACUUGUCUCUCGAGGCAAUGCGAGUGGAGAUUAAAAAGCUAAUUUUGUAUAAACCAGUUCCAAAAGGGGGAAAAAAAAAAAGUUUUAAAUGUGUUCAUUCUGCUCCUAAUUGAAACAUUAUCACUUGACCAGGAGCAGUAGGGGACAGUUACUGUGGUGGACAUUUUUCUGUGAUUUUAGAGAAAUGUUUUGAACAAGGGAACUAAGUGGCAGAAAAGCUCAGUCUCUGUGUGACGGCUGCCAGGUUUACAGUAUUUCACUACCAAUGUGCCUUCAAAGGGAAACCUUUCUUUUUCUCUCACUGACCUCCAGGUCCUUGUUUUUCCACAUGUACUGUUCAAGGAGAGGGGCUGAAUUUGACAAACACUCUUCUGACAAACAGCUAGAGCCGACGCACUCCUGUUAGUAAACUGCGGUCUUCUGUACGGUGUGAAUGUAUUUCCCGAUCAUGUUUGGCGUCAGGCACUUUCAUGUUAUAAAUGAGUGAAUGAAGAGAAACAGGGAGGCAAUAAGUAACCAGUUUGUGAUUGGUGUGUGAUCACAUUUUACAUCAGUGUUCUCUGAAAUCCCAACUGUGCUCUGUUGUCUGAUACUUGAUGUUCUUCUGUUGUCUUUUAGGAGCAAAACUGGAUGUAAAUAAAGAGUACAUUUAAAAAUA